CGCGGGGCAAGCGGGCGCGACAGUUGGCGGUGUCGUGGGCUGGCCAGAAAAGGGGUGGGCUCAACCCGGCGGCAGCGCCUUGCCGCCGACGCCCCGCCUGACUGUUUCGCCACCAGCCCCUUUGUCUUGAGACGGCUAUAUCGGCCGGCUCAGCCAGAUCAGAUUGAAAAGGAAAGACGAUGCUAAGACACAGUCUACAUUCACGGACAGGAAGAAACAAGGCAGCGAAGCAGCGAAGCACAAAACAGGACACGAUUUGGCAAGCAGAUUGACUUGUCGGAGUAACACUCAACACACCAACCUAGCAGUAGCCCAGAACCAAGGAAGCGUCCACGAUCGACCCAUCCACCUUGUCCCCAAUGCCAGCGAUACCCCCCCCACACACCGGCGCCGACGGCGACGCCGGCAGUCAGCUCCAGAAACUGCUUGCAGGACUCAACCACGAGCUCGAGCGCAGAGACUACGACGGCUUCUACGGCAACUCGAACCCGGGGCGCUACGCCUUCUUCGCCUUCUUCGCCGCCGCCUUCAUCAUUUUCAUCGUGAUGAUCUGCACGGUCAACGCCCGCCGGCUGAAGAGCGGCAGGGCGCCGGUCAUCUCGUCGUACUUGUCCCCGCCGUCCUACCACCAGUCCCAGGCCGCCUACGGCGGCGAAACGGCUGCCACCAACUUGCCCACAUACACCCCGGCCCCCAACGCCCAGCAGGACGUCGGCUACUACGACAAGAACGGCAACUUCAUCCCGACCAACGUCACCACUGCAGAAACCACAGCAGACGCGUCCAACGGCUCGAACCUAGCGCACCCCGAAAACGGCAGCAUCGAGCUGCUGGACACCUCCAACCCAAACACAAAUCCAAACACUUACAACAACUCCAACCCCUUUGGUGGCGCCGUGCCCGCCACCGACGCCCUGCCAACGGCGCACACACAGGAGCCGGGCAUAAACGACCCUCAGAACGUCUCGGAAAUGAGUUACAAGCGUCCAAGCGGACCGCCUCCCUCUCAGGUGUACAACUCUCCCGAAGCCCCUGCCGUUGGGUCCUCCAACAAGGUUGCCGACAAUGACUUGCCUCCAUACGAAGCUCCAGAGGCUCCUUCUCCAACCCACUACAAAUCAUGAAAUUACCCAAAUGCGCCACUAUCAACGUGAACAUUCUGUGACUUUAUUGUACUCUCCUCUUUUCUUCCACCUUUUUGCCUCCUUUCAUUCCAUCGUACACUACAUUCUAAUGUUUAUAAUUCACUUUUUUUAUCACUUUCUAUUACGACCUUAAUGUCUAUAUACUCUGCUAUGUACCUGUCAACGUCUUGUUUCUGCUCCGACAAUGCUCUACUAGCGAAAUAUUCUAUCAUGAUCCUG